UUAUCUGCGUCUCUCUGCUGCACCAUCAGCAGAGGCCCUGGCCUGCUGCUGCUCCAUCCAUGCCGCGGCAUUCUCCUCGGCGUAUGCCAUCACAUUCCGGCGAUGCAUGGCACUGAUACACACCACACCACAACACAACACGACACACACAGCUCUCCCUCCCUCCCUCCCUCCCUCCAGCUGUGCGUGUGGUUUGUGUGCGUGUGCUUACUUCUCUCGUUUCGUGGCCAAUAUUUUGCGCCUCUUUUCCUCCUUCUCCUGCUCUACCUCCGGGAUGACCACAUCGCCGUGCCGCACCUGCUGCUGCCCGCCGCCAAUGCUGCUGUCGGGCAGCUCCUCAAUGGGCCCCGUGUCAGCCAUGGGAGGCGGGAAGGGCUCCAACGCCGCGUGGCGCUUGCUCUCGUUGAACCACAGGGUCGUCACGAGAUGCAGCUCUGACACCGCUGGCACCUCUUGCUGCUGUCUCCCACCACCGGCCGUCGGCUUGUACGGCAGGAGUGGGGCGGCUGCUGCUGCUGCUGCUGCUCCUGCUGAUUGGCCGUUGCUGUGCUGGUGGGAUCGCUGUGUGUCGUGGUGGUCCCGCCAGAGCACCGCCCACUCGUCGUCCGGCACCACCAAAAUGCCCUUGUGCCCUGCCGGCUGCUGCUGCUGCUGGUGUGCGUAUGUCUUGCAGAGUGUGUCGUAUAUGUGGGGGCACUGGAGGAGCUCGAACGGCGACAUGACCGUCACUGUGGCGCCGCAGCCCCGGAUGUCGGGGACGAGGGAUUGGUGGUCCUUGACGUCGACGGCCAGGGUGGGCGACACGAUGGCCUGCCACCCAGACAGCAGCGUGGACCGACGAAGCUGGUAGGCCUCAUCCACCUGGGCCUGCACACACCACAUCCACAGUAUGAGGCCGCCCAGUGUGUGUGUGUGUGCGGGUGUCUGGCGUGGCGUACCCUGGCCUUGAUUGGGUCGAACACCUCCCCGUUGGCCGUGAUCUGUUGCUCGUGGCGCGUGUGGUCCACCAAACGACCCUGCCAGCCCAGCCCACACCAUUAACACAACAACACAGCCCAUGUGUUUGCGACCCACCCGCCGUUGUCCCCUAUGGCAGGCAGGCUUACAUAUGUCCAGCACUCCUCUAGCCACUCAUACUUGAGCACAAGAAUGUCCCUCCUCUUGGCCGACAGCAUCUUGGCGGGGUUGGGCCGCUCGUCGCCCACCACCAAGGCACAUGGCUUGUCCCCGCCACUGCUCAGCUCCACCUGCUUCGCUCCCAUGCCCUUCACCAUCAUGCGCACCAACUCACGGUCGCCCUUCUUGAGGGGGACCUGGUCCAUACUGGCCCCCUCUGGCCGCCAUCCGAACCCCGAUAUCGACACGCGGAGGCCUCGCAGGGGGCCGUUGUCGCCCCCAGGGGUGAAGUAGCGGUUGGGGCUGAAGAUGGGCGAGAUGUUGGGGUCGAGCAGUCGCCUGUGGGUCCAGCACGUGUAGAGGAACAGGAGGGUCACCUGCUUCUCGGGCAUCUCGGGGAUGUGGGCUUUGAAUAGAUGUUCCUCUUGACAUGAAAGGCCAGCACGUCACUCGCGCCAAAAAACGAGAGCCUGCAUGUAGGAAACAUACAGCCUUCUUUUCAUCACCCCCUUGAAUGGCCCGCGUACCUACCUCUUGUACCCUCGAGGACGUGCCGCCACACGCUGAACAGCAGAAGUCGUCCAGCAGCUCUGGGAGACGGACAGUCUUGUCGACGGCGUCCAUCAGGCCCCAUACGCCCCCUCUCUUCUCCAUGGCCUCAUUGAUAGGCACCCUGACAGUGCUGUCACUGCGGGCGCCCGUGUCCAUGCUCACGUUCCCGCACUUAGUGCACAGCACGUCACUCUUGUAGCCGUGCCCAGCAAAUUGGCAAAGCGCUCCCCCUCUGCCACACCAGCGGCGGCCUCCUCCUCGUCGAUCAGAUUCCCCAUGGCCAUGAAUACGUCCGACGUGCACUGCUGACGGGAUGAGUCGACGUGAUACCCGCGGGCCCUCAU